AUGACCUACGAUACUGGUAUAUUCGUAUUUAAUCGAAUAACAGACGAGAACAAAUGGAAAUUAUUUUUGCAAGCGGUUUAUGCGUAUUUUUUGGAGCAUCAAACGGACAGCAUGCGUAUGGUGGUGAAUAGGAACGAUACUACUGGUGAAUUUCUGCCAAUAGUUACAGAACAUCAUCCAGUUGUUACCGAUAUGAAAUUAAUUCAUUUAACCGAUCAGUUCAAUUUCAUCAAAGGCGAUACGGAUGAUUCGUUUUCUGCUACUUGGCGUACAAAUUUAGCGAAGAAACUUUACGGGAAGGCGUGUUAUGUUUUGACUGAAGAAGAAAAAUCGAUUGUCUACGACAAGAGCUUGAAAAAAGUGCGAGGAUUGGCAGAGCAGAUGAAUUAUUCUUUAUCAGAAGAUGAACUACAAAGAUUAAUUGGAAUGAGCGACGUAUCGCAUUCAGAGGCUGCUUCCAUUGAACCACCUAUUGCGAUUGCGAUCGAAAAUAUUACUUUGCCGCUCUAUGCCCAUCAUUUCAAAAAGGCUUGGGCACAAGUUUGGCAUCCAAUGUGCUCAGAAUUUGUUAUCAAAAUAUUUCGUAAAUUAUUGAAGAGAUAUUUUCCUGAAGAACUACACUAUUGUUACUUUAAUGAACUCAACGAUCUGAAUGAUUCGGACGAACCAGAAACAGGUUAUUACUCAUCGGAUCCUAAGUACCGUCAGCACGCUACGAACGAAUCCAGAGAAGAAAAUAACAUCUUCUAUCGACAAAUACAAGGAAUAACAAUCGAAAAUACCGAGCCGACAACGGUAAUGGUAGCGAAAGCAGAUAUUUUGAAACCUUCAACGCAAACACAAACAGACGAAACACCAGCGUGGCAAAAUUAUCUGGAAGUUGUAUCAAUUGAAAAUAAAGGAAGAGGAUAUCGAGCACGCUGCAAUAUACCAGCGAUGACAUGUAUCAUGCACGAUACACCACUUGUGACUUCUUCCUCUCCGGUCACUGGUUUUAGAGCGCAUAACGAAGGAUAUUUACUUCACGCUGCUGAGCCACUGGUAUUACAAGUGCUUGAAAAUAAAGAAUAUUUUGAUUUAUUGUCACCACAACAACCCUCAGGGCGGUUUGCCCGAGAAACAUCACCUUAUCCUUCUCUUUAUUCACAUGAAAUGUGGCAACUAGCUCACGAAAAGGUGGCGACGAAUGUGUUUCGAGGAGAAGCAGUAGAUUCAACCAUGCUGAAUCGAAAAUACUUACUAAAACUUGGUGUAAGAACAUCCUUGUUCAAUCAUAGUUGUUGUCCCAGCGCAACUAUCAGCAAAAUUUCCGGCACAACUAAGCAAAAAGUUGAGACUGUACGAGAUGUCACUGAAGGAGACGAGAUAUGCAUAUCAUAUCUAUCCGAUGGAUAUCUGCCUCGAGACGAACGUCAGCGAAUUUUGUCGGCGCGUGGAUUUACCUGUCGUUGUGAACGCUGCUCACCCGAGUCGACCUUUGAACGAGACGUUCCAUUAACUGCAGAUAUCAGUUUACUGCCACUAUCAAAUGAAAAAAUUGCUCCUCUACGUCGACGUUAUGAUCAACUAGUGGCUAACCUUCAAUCGAUGCUUGGCUUCAGCACACCUCAGUCAUGCUCACUGUGGAUAAUGCAGGCUGAACGAUGGUUAGUUGAUGCUAGUAAACCACCGUAUCAACUACAUCAGUUUCAUUGGUUAUCCGUGCAUUUGUAUAAAAUGCUACGUGAUCGGUAUAAAACCAUGUAUGUCAGCAACGCUGGUAAUCGUAAGGACAUGCGAAAGAAAACUCUAUACUAUGGGAAACUGAUUAUUCGUGCCGAGUUUGCAGUACUGCAGCCACUUGAUCCUCAUAAACAAGCAGUGGAUGCGUUUUUGGACGAUUGGAAUGAUAUGGGUAUGCCAAAAAAUGGCGCAUGGAAAUUGCUGAAAGAGCUGGAACCAAAUGCCGAAAUUAUCAUUAAAAGCCUAAACGAAUAG